GCGCGCUGACGCAGCCCUACUUUGUCAGGGAAAAUGUAUCACUCGCGCUCCAAGUGUAACACCGGAAUCGCUUUUAAUUCUUUCCUUUUCACUGUGCCACUGGAAUAUACUCAACUGAAAAGACAUUAUAGUAAAAACUGGUCGUGUAUUGGUUGAUUUUUAAGCUGUGGAACUACUAAUUUAAGCAAGAUGCCACGGGCCAAGAAAAGGAGCGGCAGAGGGGGACAACAGGGAAAUGUCCAGCCGUUCAGUGAUGAAGACUCUUCUAUCGAGACCCUCAGUCACUGCAGCAGCCUCAGUGAAAGAACCAGUGCAGCAGAGGAAGCUGGUGAAAGUGAAGAAAUGGCUCAAGAGGACUUCCAGUACAAACUGAAGGUGUACAUUGACAGCACAGUGGAUAAGAGUGCCAAGACCAGACAAGGUGCCCUUGAUGGACUAAAAACUGCCAUGGCAACCAAAAUCCUCUACGAGUUCAUUUCUGAGAGAAGGAUGACCAUCACGGAUGGCAUUGAGCGCUGCUUGAAGAAAGGUAAAGGAGUGGAGCAGUGCGCCGCAGCCUCGCUGGCGUGUCUCCUGUGCAUCCAGCUGGGUUCUGGGAUUGAGAGCGAAGAGGUUUUUAAAACCCUUAGACCUGUAUUUAAGACUAUCCUCAAUGAUGGAGCUGCUAACAUCCAAGCCAGACAAGCGUGUGCAACAAGUCUAGGCCUCUGCACUCUUGUAGCAGAAGAUGAUAUCAUGGAUGUGUAUGCCACUAUGGAGUGUUUUGAGAGCCUCUUCACCCACUCGUACGUCAGAGAAGAUGGAAGCAGACCUUCUGUGAAUCCUCAGACCACACAGCUCCACACGAAUGCUCUCUUGUCCUGGGCUCUACUGCUGACCAUCUGCACCAGCAGCCACAUCAGAGACAUUGCACGAAAACAUCUAGCUAAACUUCCACGUCUGUUGGAGAAUGACGAUGUCAACAUGAGGAUUGCUGCUGGGGAGACCAUCGCCCUCCUGUUUGAGCUCAUCAGAGAUGUCGACCCUGAGUUUGAUCAUGACGACUGGGAGUCGUUGUGUGUGAAGCUGAAUGCAUUAGCCACUGACUGCAACAAACAUCGAGCCAAGAAUGAUAAGAGGAAGCAAAGAUCUGUCUUUAGAGAUGUCCUCAAGGCAGUAGAGGAAGGGGAUUUUCAGAGCGAGACGAUCCGCUUCGGCACAGAGCGUAUGGUCAUCGACAGCUGGGUGAGGAAGAGGACUUAUGACACCUUCAGAGAGUUUGUAGGCUCCGGGAUGAACUACCAUCUACAGGCCAACGAGUUCAUAAGAGAUGUGUUUGAACUUGGACCACCGAUGUUGAUCGAUUCUGCCGCUCUGAAAGCCAUGAAGAGCUCCAGACUGGAGAGACACCUCUACAAUGCAGCAGCGUUUAAAGCUCGAACCAAGGCCAGGAACAAGUUUCGGGACAAAAGGGUGGAUGUUGGCGAGUUUUAGGAAGUUUUGUAAAGCACAUCACAUUUUUUUCUUCUUUCAUUUAAGUGUUUCUAUUCUUCACAUUCCUAACAUAGUCUUUUAUACAUAUAUAUAUACAUUUAAAUGUUAAUAUUUGCUAUCCAUAUAUUCACUAAGUCAUCCUAGACUCUAAUGUAUGUCUGUAUUUAAGUGGUGUUUGGUUCACUAACGCUUUUAUGUACUUGUAGGUUAUGUAUUGUACAGUAUUUAUGACUCUUUUGUGUCUGUACUGUAGUUGCAGGACUGUGCAUUAAAAACACAAAAAGAUGAAUAAAGUUAGAUGAAGUUGAUUUCCCCUA